AUGGACAAAACAUAUGCUCCUGAAGAAAUGAACGAGGUGGAGGGGAGAACAAAGAGGGAGAAUGUCAAUGAGGAGUUUUUAAGUGUUUGGGAUAAACGACUAAUGGAGACACUUGAUUUUAUUGAGCGAUGUCAACACCUGAAGGUCUCUUUAUUGGUUGAAAUUUCUACUCUCCAGUGGGCAGUUGUCUGUGAAGAAAAAUUUUGUAGCAUUCUAAAAGAUGUAUUGAAGAAUCGUCCUAACGUGGAUGGGGUGAAACUUCAAAAAUCCGGUGGUGUUGUAUCAAGGAAUGCAAAAGUACGGCAGAAAGCAAGGGGCUACAGAAUACGGGAGUAUUUUUAUGGCCCUUCGAAUGACCUCUCACCACAUUCUAAUGUGGUGAGCUUCAGUGACUUGUUCAUUUACCGAAUUGGAGGUGGACCACAGGCUCCACGCUCAGCUUUACCUAUCGGUGCAGUGCCUGCAGCAGAUCCUACAAGAUUGGUUCCUGUUAAUGUCAUCCACGACUUGCUCCAUUUGGUUCUUGCCGUCUCAUAUGCCAAAGAACAAGAUGAAAUAAUUUCCAGUAAUGUUGCUGGAUUCAUCUAUGUAACCGAUGUAGGCAUGAACAGGUUUGAACUCGAAUUCUCCUCUUAUUAGACAAUUAUGUUUCCAAUUCUUAAUGCCAGUAUGAUCUUAUCUUUGAUCAUCUCCAUUUUCAGGAAAAAGAUAACAUACCUUGCACCAUGUGCUGGGAACUUCCGAGCAAAUACCUAAUUGUGGGAACCUUAACAUGGAUCGAAAACUGAAGUGUAUAAAUGCAGUAGCCAGUGGUUUUUCGGUCUUUGAGCUUUCUGUAGAGUGGGACAGCAUGGAGAUGCCCGCUAAGCUUUUGGUGUUGUAGAAAUGCAGUAGGCUUUUCUGCGAUGACCGUAUAAUACUACUGUAUCAUAGUGUGAAGCUUUAUGGAAAAUAAUCCGAUUGUACAAAUACCAAUAGCUCCUCAUCUUUUAUACUGCCAAAUGAUAAUUUCAAUGGUCUUUUGGCAUCAUUAAGGUUAUUAACUUAUUUGGAAGAAAACAUUUUGACAUCCCUGAGUUUCUUGAAAAAGCAUGAAUGCUAUUCUUCUAUUUCAACAAAUACUUCACAUCCUUCCUUGGCUGAAAAUGCUGUCUACACCCCCCCCCCCCCCCUCCCCCAACCCCAAGCACUGUGACUUGUUGGAGCUGUCUUCCUGGGGCCUCAACGAUUUUGGUGGAGAUAAGCGUGAGCAUCGGAGCAUGUUGGACCAGCUCAAAAUUAAGAGGUUGUUAUGGAGAUAGGUGUCUGGUUUGUGAGUUCUGCUUGACAAAACUUAAUACUCUUAGUUGCCAUAUGCUGCAAAAGCUCCUAGAUGUAGUAAUGAAAUUUGAUGCUGCAAAUGAAUUGGCAACUGAGAAACGGUGCAAAGGGAUGGAAUUUGUUAAUUUUUCUUUGAAA